UAAGGGAGAUCACUCCAUAUAGGAAUAAUAAAGUGCCUUCAGGAGUCAGUGUGUGUGGAAGUUCAAUGACUGGGUAUUGUUAGACAUGAAGGAGGUUUUACCAAGAUAUGCCCCCGGAAAACGGAAUUACAGGGAAAGUCCCUCAAAAAGACGGCGGCUACGGGGCAGUCAGGACGAGGAACGAGAAAAGUUUUGGCAAAACUAUCAGGUGUCCGCUAAAGAAAACACUCCACCACCCGCAGAACACCCAAACUUCCGUUCUAACACAGAAACGCUGCCAUUUUCACCGACUAGUGAAAACUCACGUGGCGACCCCCUACUACCCAGAUCUAUUGAACAGUAUUUCCUCCCCAUUUCCCCCAAGGAAGAAAACAGUAUUCUAGACGCUCCCAACAAAGAAAAUAAUAUUCCAGACAAAUCCAACAAAAAAGAGUUUAGUCAGCCUCUUUGUACUGACAAAGAAAUUUAUUUAGAUCCAAGGGAACUCUCAAAGGAUUCCGUGGUCCCAUGUCAUCUGGAUUCGGAAUCUUGUACAAAAGGUGCGUGUUUUCAAGAACUUUCAGAAAGUUAUCACAAUAUUUCUAUGACCGAGGAAUCAAUGGAACAGGAUAUGUUGACAAGGAUUAUAGAUCGCUCCCCCAGGAAGGUAUUCCCUGGCAAAACAAAGACAAAGACCACGUCAUUUCUAUCCCUUCUGUGUUGUAUACUACCUAACGAUGACCAUGUACUUACUAGCAAUGUGUAUCGUCAUAAAAAAUAA